CCCAUAUAUAGCUCACUACUUUUUUUUAUACCGGUAACUUCUUAGCUGUCCCAUCACUUCAACCAUAAUGCUACAAAAUCGCUAUAAGAAGAAUCUCGCUUUCUUGCUACCAUCCCCAGAUCCCUCCCUCUGUCUGUACCCUCUCUCUCUCUCUCUGAUCUAGAAACAUGAAGAUUAUGAAGGGAAAGAUUUUCAGGGCAUGCACGAACAAGUGGAGAAAGAGGAGUAGAGUCGUACCUUGUGCAGCUUGUGAGUAUUGCUGUCAAUGGGUUCUUUGGCCUCCAAUACUUGAAGAGAAUUCUAUUCCAAAAGAUGUCCCAUUAAAGGGUCACUUGGUAAUCUACGUGGGUGAGAACUACAAGAGGUUUGUAAUCAAAAUAACCAUCCUUAAUCAUCCACUCUUCAAGGCUUUGCUGGAUCAAGCAGAGGAUGAAUAUGAUUUCACUAAUGACUCAAAACUCUGCAUCCCUUGUGACGAAAGUCUUUUUCUGAGUGUUGUUCGCUGCGCUAGCUUUCCUGACGAUCGGAAGAUCUCCGUGUGUCUGUCUUUAAAAAUUCAUGCUCAGGACCACGGCUAGGACCGGAACUUGGGAAAUUUUGAUGGAUUCGGGUUGUGAAGAGGAUGCAUGCUAAUAUGUACAAUAAUAUGUUUUAUACCAUGUAGAAUUGUAACAUAAUUUUUACCUAGCUCUCACUAAUGUUUAUUCAGUUAAUUUUUGGGCCCGGUAA